AUUAGGAUGCAAAAGAUGGCGUCUUCCAUGAAGUUCUCAUGCUGGAUUUGGCAUUGUUUGUGAAUAUUUAGACACUGUUUAUGAACACAUAACGAUUAUAAAGACGUCAUUCGUGUCUCAAGAGCACAAUUUCUCCAACAAACGACAAGGAUUAAUGAAGACUUCCAGAGUGUGAGAUGUAUGCACUUUUCAAGCAGACGCACCCUCCCACGGGGAUCGAACACUGCGUCUACUGUAACUUCUUCAACACAUCUGAGAGAAAUCUUGUCAUAGCAGCUGUUAACCAGCUGGAUGUCUACAGACUUAUUCCAGAAGUUGAUGACAGUGAAAACCCUGAAAAAUGGACAGAGAGCAAGCGAAAACAGAAACUGGAGAGUGUGGCAACGUUCAGUCUGUUUGGAAAUAUUAUGUCCAUGCAGCAUGUCAAACUUCCAGGAGCUCAUCGAGAUGCUCUGCUUCUCAGCUUCAUGGAUGCAAAGCUUUCUGUGGUGGAGUACGAUCCGGGGACACAUGACCUCGUGACAACUUCCCUCCACUACUUUGAGGAAUCUGUCAUGAAGGAUGGUUUCUCAACAAACUAUGAUAUACCAACAAUUCGUGUGGACCCUGAUGGGCGAUGUGCAGCCAUGUUGAUAUAUGGAAAUCGCCUGGUAAUUCUGCCAUUCAGAAGAGAUGCCUUGAUGGAGGAGACAGACAAUGUAGUUGGAGCAAGUAAAUCACCUAUCAUGUCCUCCUACAUCAUUGACCUCCGACAAUUCGACGAGAAGAUACCCAAUGUGAAGGAUUUCCAAUUUCUCCACGGUUACUACGAACCUACUGUCUUUAUUUUAUACGAACCUCUUCAGACUUGGGCUGGUCGUAUAGCGGUCCGAGCCGACAGUUGUAGCAUCGUUGCUAUCUCAUUAAAUAUACAGGAACGAGUCCAUCCCAUCAUCUGGUCGCUAGCUAGUCUACCCUUCGACUGUCACCAUGUCAUGCCGGUACCACGCCCCAUUGGAGGGGUAAUGGUAAUGGCUGUCAAUUCCCUGUUGUAUCUUAACCAGAGCGUGCCACCGUAUGGGGUGGCCCUCAAUAGUAUCGCACACUCCAGUACAGCAUUUCCUCUCCGAUCACAGGAGGGAGUAAGGAUCACACUGGACUGUGCCGAGGCUGCUUUUAUGUCCUAUGAUCGACUCAUCCUGUCCUUAAAGGGAGGAGAAUUGUAUGUGCUGACGUUGGUCGUAGAUGGAAUGCGCAGCGUGAGAAGUUUCCACUUUGACAAAGCUGCAGCCAGUGUCUUAACUACAUGUAUGUGUGUUUUGGAUGAUGGUUACCUGUUACUGGGGUCACGUUUGGGGAACUCCCUACUACUACGAUACACUGAGAAGGUGGCCGAUAGUGACCAGACCGAGGGAGAAAACAAGUCAGAGCCUCCAACAAAGAAAAAGAAAACAGAUGGAACAACAGAUAUGGCUUCAGACGUGACCCAGAUUGAGAACCUGUACGACCUUGAAGUGUACGGUAGUGCUGAAAACCCUUCUGGAACCAUGAUCACUAGCUACUCAUUCGAGGUGUGUGACAAUAUUUGGAACAUUGCACCCUGUGGACAGAUUGUGAUGGGAGAACCAGCCUUCUUGUCUGAAGAGUUUGCAGGCAAUCCUGAUCCUGACCUUGAACUUGUGACCACAUCUGGAUAUGGGAAAAAUGGAGCCUUGUCUGUUCUUCAGAGGAGCAUAAGACCCCAAGUUGUGACGACAUUUGAGCUGCCAGGCUGUGUAAAUAUGUGGACGGUUAAGGGAACCCUUCCAAACGAGGCGCCGCUGAAGACGUCAUCAGCUGAUCAGGAGGAAAAGACGGAAGAAAAGGAAGACGGGAAGGAGGAGAAGGAGGAAAUACAGAAUGGCCACGCCUUCCUCAUCCUCAGUCGGUCUGACUCCAGCAUGAUCCUUCAAACAGGCCAAGAAAUCAUGGAGCUGGACCAUAGUGGUUUCAGUACACAGACGGCCACCAUCUUCGCCGGUAACAUCGGGAAUGAUAAAUACAUUAUCCAGGUCUCUGCUACAGGCGUCCGACUGCUGGAGGGAGUAAAACAAAUCCAGCACAUCCCGGUCGACAUCGGCUCGCCCCUCGUUCACUGUUCCCUAGCUGAUCCGUAUGUACUACUAAUGGCGAGUUCAGGUCAGAUUGCCAUGCUGACUAUGAAAGAGGACAUCAAUGGUGUCCGACUCGUCACCACUCGGCCAUCAGUAUCUCAGCACUCCCGACUCCUGACCCUGUGUUUGUAUAAAGAUCUCAGCGGAAUGUUUACUACCAUGACAACCAAGACAGAUGAUGAGGAGGAGACAAUUACAGAUACAAAAGACAUGAAACCCUCAACAGAGAAGGCUUUCACACUGGACACAGAAAACAUUGAUGAUGAAGAUGAACUUUUAUAUGGGGAGACGGACACUUCCGUAUUCACAUCAUCGUUUGACGUCAGCAUGCGGUCGGAAUCUGAGGGGCCAAAAAGGGAGAAUAAGAGCAGCAAUAUCAACCCCACCUACUGGGCACUUAUGUGUCGGGAAAAUGGUGUACUGGAGAUAUACAGUGUGCCGGAUUUUAAGAUGAGCUACUAUGUAAAGAAUUUCCCAAUGGGUCAAAAGAUCUUAGUGGACAGUGUCCAGAUGACAGAUAAAGUCAGUACCAGUGGAAUGGGAAUGCCAGGAAGUGAGCGGCAGGAGAAAAUUGUUGGCGACAUGCCAAAUAUUAAAGAGCUGUUGAUGGUCGGCCUGGGAUACCGCAACUCUCGAUCUUUCCUGUUUGCUAGAGUAGAUGAUGAGUUUUACAUCUAUGAAGCAUUUCCUUUCCACCAAACUCCUGUGGAGAGCCACCUGAAGCUUCGUUUUAAAAAAGUCCAGCAUAAUGUGAUUCUCCGGGAGCGACGAGCCGGAAAGUACAAACGUAAGACAGAUCCAGAUGACGGAGAUGAAUCUCAACAAUCUACAGAUACAACUAUGCUUCAUUACUUCAGCGAUCUGGCAGGCUACAAUGGGGUGUUUAUUUGUGGAGCGUACCCUCAUUGGAUAUUUAUGACAACCCGAGGCUGUCUCCGUAUCCAUCCGAUGGGAAUUGAUGGCAAGGUCACUUGUUUCUCACCUUUCCACAACAUUAACUGUCCCAAGGGUUUCCUCUACUUCAAUGGCCUGGGAGAGCUGAGAAUAAGUGUCCUACCCACCCAUUUGACAUAUGACGCACCAUGGCCAGUGAGAAAAGUUCCGCUACGCUGUACUCCUCAUUUUAUAGCCUACCAUCCCGAGAGCAAGAUUUACUCAGUAGUCCACAGUGUACCGGAACUGUGUAAUUUCCUGCCUAAAGCAUCCGAGGAAAGAGAGUUUGAUGUUGUGGAGAAAGAUGAGAGGUUUGUCUACCCCAACCUGAAGCGGUUCAUUGUACAGCUAUAUAGUCCCACAUCCUGGGAAGUAGUACCCAACACCAAGAUUGAAUUGGACCAAUGGGAACAUGCCACUAUAAUGAAGUGUGUGUCACUGAAGUCGGAGGGGACAUUAACAGGUUACAAAUCCUAUGGUGUGAUUGGGACGACCGUGUGUUAUGGGGAGGAGGUGCAGUGUCGAGGCAGGAUAUUGAUCUAUGACAUCAUCGAAGUCGUGCCAGAGCCAGGACAACCUCUCACCAAGAACAAAAUCAAGGUUGUCUAUGCUAAGGAACAGAAAGGACCAAUCACAGCUCUUGCUCAUAUCUGUGGUCUCCUGGUCACUGCUAUUGGCCAGAAGCUCUACAUCUGGCAGUUUAAGAAUGACGAUUUGGAGGGUGUGGCUUUUAUCGACUCCUACAUCUACAUCCACAACCUUGUUACCGCGAAAAACCUCAUCAUGGCAUCCGAUCUCCUAAAGAACAUCAACAUCUAUCGGUACCAGGAGGACUUCAAGGUUCUAUCACUGGUCAGCAGGGAUGUGAAACAAUCGGAAACUUACGCAACUCAGUUCCUCAUCGACAACAACUUGCUGUCUUUUGUGGUGACAGACAGCCUGAAGAAUAUUAUAGUUUACACCUACCAGCCAGAAGCCAGAGAAAGCCAUGGAGGCCAUCGGUUGGUACGGAAAGCUGAGUUCAACGUGGGAUCUCAUAUCAAUACAAUGUUCCGUGUACGAUGUCGUCUCCGGGAACCAGGCACUGACAGGAGGAUGACGGGAGCUUCAGAGAAAAGGAACAUCACCUAUUUUGCCACAUUGGACGGUGGUAUGGGCUACCUACUCCCCGUGUCUGAGAAGGUGUACAGACGUUUGCUCAUGUUACAGAAUGCCCUCAAUACACAGCUUCCACACCUGGCUGGCUUAAAUCCUCGAGCCUACAGGACAUUGAAGCAGUCAUGUCCGGAGCUGAGAAACCUACAGAAAAAUAUCCUUGACGGAGAACUGUUAUGGAAAUAUCCAAACUUGAGUGUCAUGGAGAAAACAGAAAUUGCCAAAAGAAUCGGAACAUCAGCUGAUCAGAUUAUUGAAGACUUAAUGGAGUCCGACAGAUUGACAGCACACUUCUGAGGAUUAAAUAUGAUAAUUAAACUGAUAUGUCACAAGGACGAAGGAAGAUCACCACAACCAAAAUCUGGGAUAUAAAAAAAACCAUUUCAGAAAUAUCAUAAAGUACACAAACGAGUAAACAAACAGGGAAUGAAACUGGAAAAAAUUGUGAUUGAUAGGAAUUAAGUUUACUAUGUGAAUGACGGGACUUGUUUAUAAAUUAGUAUUGAAGUGAAAAAUCUAAAUCUCAGAAUUGAGAUAAUCUCCAAUUUUAAAGAAAACACUGAUUUCAAAACAUUUUGUAAAAUCUGUUGUUAUAGCAACAAAUUCAUUUCAUUUUCAUGCUGCAUUUAUUGAUCUGCAUCAUCAUCUGUCAUGUAUUUAUCAUUUCGUAGUGAAGGGUAGCCCGAGUUUUCUCUGGCCCUGUCACCAUAUCUGGUGUAGGUGACAGAGCCAGAGAAAACUCGGGCUAAGUGAAGGGGUGAAUGUAUGAAUGACGAAUAAUUGAGAGUUGAAUUAUGUUCAUCCAUGUUUUUUUUUCCAUAUUCUAGUGCUAUAGGAAGAUGUUACUGUAUAUCACUUACAUUUCAAGUGGGAUUUAUUUUCACUAUAAUACUUGAGGAGAGUCAUUUGCAAAUUCAAAUCCUUUGCAAUUAUUUGUACGAAAAUAACACCUUUGGAUGGUGCCAUAUAGGAGUCUUAUAUAUUCUGUGACUCAAUAUUCGCGAAUUUAACAUAAUUUCUUUAUCAGCAUUCGCAAAAUCAUGUAUUCGCGAUUAUGUCUGAAGAGAUAAGUUUGCGAAAUAAAGUAUUCGCAAAAUCUUAGGAAUUUAUAAUGCUGUUUGAAAUUUCAAACCUUCUUAAUUAAAAAACUAAUGAAUUUUUAUGGCAUACCUAACAAUUGUCAUGGUAUUUUUGUCAUCUUGCUAUGAAUAAUUCUAUGGUCAUGAAGAUAUUUUGUUGAAAAUUUAAAAAGGAGACAUGUUAAUAUUUAUUAUACAUGAAAAAUCUGUCUAAACAUACAACAUUCAGUAAUGUCUUGUAUGUGUUUGGUGAGAAUUGUUAGACAAUGUAAAAAGAGUCCAUAUUUUUUCUACAGAAUGGAAAGAAAAUGUUGGUAUGGUGAGGUAUACAUGUACUUUGAAUUCAAGGAAUCAUGCAUUUGUUAGUAGAUAUCUGUACAUAAAAAUGUCAAGAUUUUUAUCAAUCAAAGAUUGAUUCAUGUAUUUUACCAUGUUGUUAUACAUUGUGCAUGUAAAUAGAAAUAAAUAUGUCAAAGUA